CACCAUACAGUCGAUGACGUCACGGUGAAUUCAUCGGUGUCAACGGUCAAUACUACCCAAUUCGGCCAGCAAGGAAAAUUCCACCGUCAAUGACAAGACGAUGACCUAGGUGGACACCGUAGGAUCAAAACCGCCGGAUUGUACCCAUUUAUUUAAACAAACAAUGAACCAUUGCCGGCAUACUCCUCUUCCUCUCCUCUUCCGCACACUCCACACAUACAAACCACAACUAUUCCGCAGAAUACCACUACUACCAACUACCGUACGCAAAACCACAUAUACAAGCUUCAGAAUGGCAUCCUCGCAGGCUGGAAAAGGAGGCGAGUUUAAGGCCAAUGUUCCGAAGCAGGAGCAGCCGCUGCCGGGUCUCGAGAAAGACAUGGCUCCUACUUCCGAGUCCACCAAGCUUGAGGGAUCCGACGGAUUCGUCGAGUACGAGGGCUCCGGAAAGCUGAAGGACAGGGCCGCCAUCAUCACUGGUGGUGAUUCUGGCAUUGGCCGUGCCAUUGCCGCCCUCUACGCUCGCGAGGGUUGCGAUAGCACCAUCGUUUACCUCCCGGCGGAGCAGGAGGACGCCGAGGAGACCAAGCGUAUCGUCGAGUCCGCUGGCCGCAAAUGCAAGCUCAUCCCGUUCGACCUCGAGAGAUUGCGGGACUUGCACGAGAUUGUCGACGCGCACAUGAAGGAGUACGGUCGCCUCGAUAUUCUUGUCAACAACGCCAGCAAGCAGGUCAUGUGCGAAAACUAUGAGGAUAUCGAGAUCGACAAUAUCGAGUCUACGUUCCGCAGCAAUAUUCUUCAGAUGAUGGCGCUUACGAAGUUUGCCGUGCCGCAUAUUCCAAAGGGUGGAAGCAUCAUCAAUACGACGAGUGUGGUUGCGUUCCGUGGAACCAGCUCCAUGGUCGAUUAUGCUGCUACCAAGGGAGCGAUUGUCGCCUUUACCAGGGCUCUAAGCAAGUCUUUGACCAAGAAGGGAAUCCGUGUCAAUGCUGUUGCACCCGGCCCCGUCCACACGCCUCUCCAGCCCGCAAGCCGUCCCGCCGACCAGAUGGAAGGCUUCGGCAAGCAGAGCCAGAUCGGACGCGCUGGACAGCCCUCCGAGAUCGCCACGAGCUUCGUCUUCCUGGCAUCGAAGGACGCAUCGCUCUACUACGGCCAGAUCCUCCACGCCUACCCGAUGGGUGAUUAGAGGGUGGAACAAACAAAACUAGAAUUUCGGCGAAAUCUCUAUGGGCGUUUUCUGUUGAUUUCUUUUCUGUUCUUUGGGCCAGUCUCCUUGUCGUUUGUACUGUACUUUAGCUGCGAUGUGAUGCGACAAUCGAUGUGAACAUCACUUGAUCGCUCGGUUUGUUGAGAUAGUGAAGUAGCAUCAUCAUUCGCCAUUCGUUUGAGCAUGGCGGGCAUCGCGUUUUCCUCUCCAGGCGUGGGAUU